AUGACGUGCACCACCAGCGCGGGGCAGAACCCCGACGUACAGAUCGAGGUCAUCUCGCAACCCGAAGAUUUCACCCAAAUCUACAAGGUCGUCAGUAACGCCUUCGGUCACCAAGUCCAUGAUGGCGUCUUUAUGUCCAUGAAUCCCGGCUGGGACACCCCCGAAGGCCAGGCUUUUCACGCCUCACGCAUGACCAAACGCUUCGGUUCCGUGACCAAGAAUAACAAGGGCGAGCCGAACACUGUUUUUCUCAAGGCCACCCUCCCGGAUCCAAACCAAUCCGGCCAGCGCAUAAUUGUCGGCAUGGCCAUCUGGGUCCAACAAUCGGCCGUUGAGGGCCACGGCGACCCGCCCCCGAAAGACCUGAUCAAAGAUCUCAACCUCGAGUCCAUCUUCCCCGGCAAUGAGACCGAGCAGCGUUAUGCCGCGGCGUGCAUGGGGUCUCUGCACAAGCGCCGUGAGGAAGUUAUCCGCGAAAAGGCGAUGUCGGAUGAGCCGGCAGUCUUCGUGCUGGACAUGUGUGGCGUGGAUCCUAAGUUCCAAGGAAAGGGAAUCGCCAAGAAGCUGGUGCAGUGGGGUCUUGAUGAGGCCAAGCGACGUGGGGAGCUGGAAUUGCUCCUCGAGGCGUCGACCAUGGGCAGACUUGUAUACUCGAAGCUGGGCUUUAAACAAGACGGUCCGGAGAUUGAGUACGAGGUCGAUGAACAGUUUGCGCACCGCGAUAGACCGUCAAACAUCUUCAUGCGUACAGGAGGGGCACAGUAA